CUCUGAUUGAGGAAGGCUCUGUUUGCUUGCUCUGUUUGUAGAAGCUUGAUAAAAUGCCAGGUCUCUGCAGCCUCCGGGGUGAGCCCCAGUUCUCUAUGAUGUGAUCGAUCACGCUUCAUCCUCAUUAAUACAAUACGCUGGCUUCAGGAGCAAGAGAGCGGCUGCCGUUUCCUUGACAUUCCUCCUUCGGUGGUCUUUCUAUGGGAAAGGGGAUUAUAAGAGAGCCCUGUUAGACAUACUCUCGCUGGAGCUUUCUUAUCCCACAUUUGCAUUUGAUCAUUAAGGUGGUCCCUUGGGAAUAUCAGACCUCCAUGUACGACAAUUUGUACCUUCAUGGAUUCGAAGACUCGGAGGCGGGUUCCGCCGAUUCCUACACUAGCAGACCGUCUGACUCGGAUGUCUCUCUGGACGAGGAGCAGGGCGGCAGGCAGGAGAAAGAACAGCAGGCCACCGUUCAGCUGGAGAGGGCAAAGGCCAAGGCAGUGGCCUUCGCUGUGAGAACAAACGUCAGCUACUGUGGUGCCCUAGAUGAGGAUGUCCCUGUCGCUGGCACUGCCGUUUCCUUUGAUGCAAAAGACUUCCUUCACAUCAAGGAGAAGUACAACAAUGACUGGUGGAUUGGGCGACUGGUGAAGGAAGGUUGUGAUAUCGGUUUCAUCCCCAGUCCCUUAAAACUGGAGAACAUUCGCUUACAGCAGGAGCAAAAAAGGGGCCGCUUCCACGGGAAGUCCAGUGGAAACUCCUCGUCCAGUCUGGGUGAAAUGGUGUCAGGCACCUUCAAGCCCAACCCUGCUUCUGCAGGUAAACAGAAACAGAAAGUGGCCGAGCACAUUCCUCCAUACGAUGUGGUCCCUUCCAUGAGGCCAGUGGUCUUAGUUGGCCCAUCACUUAAGGGAUAUGAGGUGACAGAUAUGAUGCAGAAAGCACUAUUUGACUUCCUGAAACACAGGUUUGAAGGCAGGAUAUCAAUCACAAGAGUAACUGCAGAUAUCUCUUUAGCCAAGAGAUCUGUGCUGAAUAACCCUAGUAAGAGAGCCAUCAUUGAGAGAUCCAACACCAGAUCCAACCUGGCGGAGGUUCAGAGUGAGAUUGAGCGAAUCUUUGAAUUGGCAAGAUCCCUUCAGCUGGUUGUGCUGGAUGCUGACACGAUCAACCAUCCAGCCCAGCUCAUCAAGACUUCUUUAGCUCCCAUUAUUGUUCAUGUCAAAGUGUCUUCUCCCAAGGUAUUGCAACGGCUGAUCAAAUCACGUGGGAAGUCUCAAAGCAAGCAUUUAAACGUACAACUGGUGGCGGCAGACAAAUUAGCUCAGUGUCCUCCAGAAAUGUUUGACGUGAUUUUGGAUGAGAAUCAGCUCGAGGAUGCAUGUGAACAUCUUGCUGAAUUUCUGGAGGCCUACUGGCGCGCAACUCACACUUCCCUCAGCACUCCACUAAACCCUCUGCUGGGCCGCAACCUGGGCUCCACUGUGCUCUCACCGUACCCCACAGCCAUCACAGGACUACAGAGUCAAAGAAAUAAAAACAGCAAUCACAUCAGCGACAACUCUCCAAUGGAGCGACACAGCUUGAUGACUUCCGAUGAGAACUACCACAACAACGAGAGGCAAAAGAAGAGUAACAACCGCCUGUCCUCCAGCUCCCAGCAAAGUCGAGACCACUACCCUCUUGUAGAGGAGGACUACCAUGAUCCCUAUCAAGACGCAUACAAACCUCACCGCAACCGGGGCUCCCCUGGGGGCUACAGUAACGACUCGCGGCAUAGACUCUGAACAUCCAAACCAGUACAGCCAGAGCUAUGAGAUAUCUCUCAUGUAAUUGUGUUAGCACAGAUUCCCAUCUAUGGGCCAUCUUAACUAAAGGCAAAAUCCAAGCACCCGGUCCAUCUAUGUAAGGCAGUUAGCAGCCAUGAGCAUCUUUUGUUACUGUAGGCAGUCGGGGGUGCUGAUUUAAUCUGCAAUGGUUGAGAUAAGAUGCUCUCCAGGAGGAGUGAGAACUAUAGCACCAUAUGUUCAAUCCAAUUUCUCCUAGUUGAGGCCUAAGCUCUGCGUCUAAUUGCUAACCAAAGCCCUGCACUGUCUAUAUUGGCAGGACUCUUUGUGGUGGCAUGCUAAUUUUCACCCUGAACUAGUGCCGGCAUGCAGAAAUGCUCAGCGGUGCCAAGAGCCAAUCAGCACAGAGCCUUUUUGCACGAUUUCAGUAGCCUAUGGAACUGUCAUGCAUUCACUGGUCUAUUUUCUUCCUGUCUUAGUAUAUUUUUGGUUGGGCCAGAGUCAGACAGCCUCAGGUCCGGAUCAGAAAGCUUCAUAGGUGGCAAAAUCUAAGAGGUUUCUUUUCCCCUGGUCUUAUUUUCAUAGUGACACUUUUCAAGCAGAAUACAAAAUGUUGCAACAAAUUUUCCUUUUUUUUUUUAUGCACACCAUAAUGCCUGUAGUUCGCUCAGCGCUUUCCCCAGGCCUACAUGUGAGAUGCUGGUUGCGUCCGAAAGCUUAAAAAUGGUGCCAUCGGAGGAUGCAUUCAAAGGUAGGGUGGCAUGAAGGAAAGUCUGAAUCCAAUGCUAGCUUAAUUUCCUGUUUGGUAAGAUCUGAUUUUAUAUCAGCAUGUAUCCUUCGCUGCCUUUGAUAUCGCACAAUACUGUGUGCUCCAUUCUGUGACAGCUGAGCUUAAAAAUAAAGAUGGCAUCUGAAAGUUGCGGUUGGCAGUCAGUUUGGGUGUAAAUCUACUUCUGAUGUAAUUUCUAGAGAGAAAUCAUCACUACUUGUAGCGAUUAAAUAUUUGCUUAGUUAUCACCAAAGCUUGCGCUAUUUUGCUGUAGUGUACAUCAUUAAACCGUUACGCUGCCUCAGAAGUCUGUCUGAAAUCAGUUUUGUUUUGUGCCUACAAAGUCAUUGCCUGAUAAGGCACGAGGCAACUAUCAGCCAAGUCAGCUGCCUAAGUUUUCAGACACAGCCUCUAUUGCAAAGAAAUUAGUCCAAACAAGCCAUAUCAGGUGGAUUUAUCACUUUAAAUGACUCCGUUAUUUGGUCAAAUUAAAUAA